UUCUGGCUUGUGUGUGUGCGUGUCUGGAUGGGUAUGCUCUAGUAUAAUCACGGUAUCAUCUCCACAUCUCAUUACAUUACUGGGGUGAUUGCAACGUAUGCAAAAGAGUUGUACAGAGUGGAACAGAGAAUGAACAGCAGCUGGACAGAGAGUCAGAAAGGGGUUGUUGCUGGUGAAGUGAUCUUUAAUUCCGAUCCACAACGAAUUGCUUAGUAAAGAAGAGUAACAGAACGGGGUUAGUUAUUUCGAUUUUCGGUUGUACAAUGCUCAAUUCGCAUCCGUGCGCGCGAUAGCAGCUUGCGAGCGAAAAAAAAUACAAAUUCAGGGAAUCACUUUUCGGACACGCUUGUAAUUAGUUUUGUUUUGCAAAACCGCAAUAAAACAUCAAUCGAAAAAAAAAUCAAAAAUCAUCCGGUAAACUAAGCAAAACGAUACCGUUUAAAUGGUAUUAAGGGCAACAGAGCAAUACGCACACACACACACACUCACUCGGAGAGUAGAGGAAAUUCUCUACUCUUCCGAUUCGAUUGCGGACACAUAGCAGCUCCGUGGACAGAUCCUUUUAAUACUGUGUACGCGACACGAGAUACGAGACCGCAGACUUUUAGCACUUCUGGAGCAGUAAGAAGAUGAAGCAGGGCGGUGCAAUAAAACGAACAUUCAUUCUAUAUUAUCAAAACUAUUCAUUUCAACACCGCCAAGGUGGAAUUGCAAUUAAACAAACAAAAAAAAACAAACCAAGAGCAUCAACAGAAAAAACGUUCAAACAACUACUACAUAAAUAGAGCAAAACAAAGGUUUUACUACAAUGGAAACAAAUUAAAAAAAAAACUCAGGAAAAUUCAUUGCGGAAAACUGAAAACUUUUGCCGGGGUAGGUACUUGGGUGGGAGAAUAAACAAAAACUAAAUAGCCGAGGUUCGGUUCGUGCACAUACAGUACAUCCAAUUCAAACUCAACAGAGGUAGAGGAACAGUAGAACACACACACACAAACACACGCAUCGAGUAACUGAUGGAUGUUUGGUUUAUUUUACAAAAUUUGCAAAUUUAAUCAAGCAAGCGCUGGGUUUUUUGCUACAAGAGAAUCAAUUCUGUCUAGGUUUAUAAGCCUUCGACAUCGAAGGUCACGGUACAUUUUAAAAUAUCUAGGCAAUAUAUGUGGAUUUUUGGACAGGUAGCCUUCUUCCUCUCCCCUUCAUCUUGACUAAUGAAUCAGAACCCAACAGAGGGAAGGUUUCAAUCGAGUAACAACAAUCACAUCCAACAGAAAACAAUCGCUACGAAAUUAAAAAACAAACAUUUGUUCAUCAUUCCGUUCUUUCAAUUGGUAUCAAAUAUGUUGUUAAUUUUCCAUUCGCCAUGUGGAAAACAUGAACCUAAAGCCGCUUGAUUUUCGGUUUAAAGGCACUUCUUGAUAGGAAACAAAAUAAAAAAAAAACAAAAAUCGAAACACUUUUGGUCGUAUUCUGAUGGGUUGUGAGCUAGAAGCAGCAGCAGUACUUUAAUAACACUCUACAAACCGUAUAGCAAUCAAAAGCAAAUUAGUAUGGCAAUAGCUGGGAAAGGAUGGGAGACGGAGCUAACGGAGCAGCGCAGGAGCAAGCAGGAUGACGCGGAGAGUUGGAUAUGAUGAAUUAGUUUUGGAAUUUUUGGAACCGUUCCUCCAAUCUCUAACCAGAUCGGGAACGUCGUGGAACGUAUCAUUCGUGUCGUGUGGUCAGUAGUUCCCAGAGGGCAGUCGGCGUCGUCGUCAAGUAAAGCUAAUCUGAGAAAAUCACAUUCACGUACUAUAAUUCUAUGCGAUCAACUACCCAAUACAAAUUACUACUGAAAUACAAUCGUGUUAGUGUCGGUGUUAGUAGUGUUCUUCUUGAAUUACAUAAUUGCUAGGUCUUAUCACAAACGUCUUGCACACGUGGGAAGGUCGCACAUGAAAAUAGCAUAUAAUAUGGUUUGUACUUUAAUCAAAGCCUACUUAUUCCGCGAAUUCCUGCAGUGCGGUGAUCCUUCAGCUGCUGAAUGUUGUGUUUGCGUUACGAGCUAAGACUGAGUAUUUUGUGGUAGCUAAGGCAGGGCCAAAAACCACCUUAUGUUUCCAAACAACCAUCCAACGAACGCAAACCUACGGCUACCAGGCGUCUCAGAGCUACAUACAUAUCGAAUAUAUAUAUGAUGGUUUAUCGAAAAUGGACGCUGGUGGCGAAGCUAAACACUCUUAAACACUCCCCGAAAAGAAGCAUCCUUUCCCCAUUUUCCGUUUCGAAUGCGAUGGAUUGAAAUUUGGUUUUUGUCCCGUAUGCAGAAGAGACGUUUUUUUUUUGUUUUUUGCAAAAGAUAUUCAGCAACAAUUCAGCAACACUUGCCGAUCCGGGUUUUUGCAAUGCAAUUUAGCAGCUGAUGGUCCACACUAGAAGGAAGCAAGGCGUAAGAAGAUAAACAGUUGUUUUAGAAUACAAAUCAUUGCAUAAAAGAAGAUGAUGGUGAGAAGCACGUGACACG